AUGUCCAAAAAUAUUGAAAAAGAUCAGGCAAAUGAAGCUGAACCGGAUAAAAAGACGGAUAAAGACGUUAUCAAUCGUGGCUCAGUGGUGCAGUCGGCUCAGGGAGCUUUUGAAGUAAGCUGAAAUGCAGUAUUCUUGUCCUAAAUCUUAAUUUGAAAUUGUUUUGAGCGAUUUUGCAAAGUAAUGUAGGCAAGCGAAAGAGGACGUAUUUUACCUUUCCAGAUCUGCCAACUCCUCGGAUCCGGCGGCUAUGGCGAUGUUUAUAUGGUGAGAAAUGUCAAGGAGAAUACUGUAGCGGCCAUGAAAAUCGAGCGGCAAGACGUGGAGAGUUCCAGGCAAAGACUAGCGUUGGAAGUGCUGAUUUUGACUGGCGUUGCGCAACUGCCGGAGUGGCGAAGAGCUCAUUUUGCCAGACUUCUCAGUUAUGGUAAGAGGGGAAAAAAGUUUUCGGGAUUUUCUCGGUUUUUAAUUUUGAGGGGAAGACUUGACCCAUUUCGAAAAAUAUUUUGUAGUUGAUGUUUUAACUGAGCAAUACAGUGUAGAUUAAUUGUAUUUCAUAUUUUAAAAGUAUUUUUUUACCGUUUUCGAUGAGUUUUUGAUUUUUGAGUCAAGUGUUCCCCUCAAAGAAAAUUUGGGUCUGUAAACAAAGAAGCCCCUAUUUUUAUAAUGAGGGUUUCAGAGAGCGUAUUUUAAAACCGACGAAAUGUUCAAAAUAAAAGAACCCAGAUAUUUUCACGUUUUGGGUCAAGUCUUCUCUUCAUAGAAAAAUUUCCGAUUCUUUGAAUUUCCGACCUUAUUUUUUUUAUUCUGCAUUUUUUCAGGGCAAAACUACGAAUUCAAGUUUGUAAUAAUGUCGAUGGUGGGCCGUACGAUCAGCGAAAUUCAACGCCAGCAACCGGAUUCCAAUUACACGAUAGAUAAAGCGGUGAAAAUUUCAAUUCAAUGCCUUGAAGCGAUAUCACAACUCCAUCAUAUGGGAUUCAUCCAUCGAGACGUCAAACCGAAUAAUUUUGCAUUAGGAAUUGGCCGGCAAUAUGGAGCUGUAGUACUGUUCGAUUUUGGAUGUGCCAGAAGAUUUGUUCACAAGGAGCUGAGUGGAGUACCAAGGUAGUUGAGACAAUAUUUUACUGUAAUUUCAGUGAUUUAACGUUUAGGGGAAGGUUUCCACCGGCGGUGUCAACUGUCCCACGACGAGGGGAACACUUGACUCUUUUGGGUCAACUGUUUUUUUCGAUGAUUUUUCGUCCAAUUUAAGCUGUAAAAUUAUUGGAAAUGCUUCUUAAUAACUUCAUUUUCAAGAAAACCUCGACCAAUCGUCAAAUUAGUUGGGACUUUGCGCUACGCGUCCAGAAAUGCCCUCAGAUUGAGAGAGCAGUGCCGAAAAGACGAUUUGGAAUCACUUUUCUAUACAAUUUUGCAAGUCUUCAAUGUCCAAGCACUUUUCUGGUGGACUGAGAAGGACAUUGAAGUCAUUUUGACGCUGAAACAGAAGCUUUUCAUUGAUGAAUGUGAGUUGGGAAGGAAAUUGGGUGUUUGGGGAAGAGUUGACACAUUUAGGGGGAGAGUUGUCUCAGAUAGGAAAUAUUUGACUAAAAUCGCAGUAGAUAUACUUUGGGUGAUGUAGAAGGACACUUUUCUCAAGAGAGAAACACAUGACUCAGCAGGGAAAGACUUGACCCACAAGCGGAAAACUUGACCCAAAAUUGUGAGACUUGACACCAAACCAAAAAACAGUUUAAUAUUGACGUUUUCAGUGACUCUUCUCCGCAAAUUCCCUCCGGAACUCACGAAAUUUGCUCAUUAUAUCGACAAACUCUCCUAUUAUUCGACCCCUGAUUACUCAUAUCUCCAAACACUCUUGCAGAAUAUUGCAUUUGCUCGAGGACUCUGGCUGCCCUGUAGUUCUGAGACGGUGGGAAAACCAGACGAAAUUUUGAAGGUAGAGAAAACGCAGUCCAAAGAUUUGGAGGAGAAACAAACGCAAAAGUCGAAGAAAGGAAAUGGAAAGAAAAGCAAGAGUAGGAAGAAAAGUGUCGAUAAAGUGGCUACAACUCAAAACGAAAGCACGAAGAAGUCGAAAAAAGAAGUUGCAAAGGGCAGUAAGAGCAGGAAGAAGAGCGUGGAGAAGAUGGCCCCAACUCAAAAUGAAAGUACGAAGAAAUCGAAGAGAGAAGGCGAAAAGGGAAGUAAGAGCAAGAACAAGACUGUUGAAAAGUUGGCCAAGACUCAAAACGAAGAUGAGAAAGGAAGUAAGAACAAGAAGAAGAGUGCUGAGAAGUUGGCCAAGACUCAAAAUGAAAGCACGAAAAGAUCGAAGAAGGAUGGUGAAAAGGCGAGUAAGAGUAAGAAGAAAAGUGCCGACGGAAUGGCCAAGACCCAAAACGAAGAUGAAAAAGGAAGUAAGAACAAGAAGAAGAGUGCCGACGUAAUGGCCAAGACUCAAAACGAAAGCACGACGAAGAAGUCGAAGAAGGGCAAAGAGACUGAGAAGAAGAAGGAUGGAGCAGAGAAAGUUAAUCAGAAAAGCAAGGAUCUGACAGUUUGA